UGCAUGUUGUUUUUCGUCUGGGCGUAUUAGACGUGUGCCAAAUAAUCUGUGGCUUGCCUUUUGUUUGGAGAGGAGUUUUACGUCGUUUUUUAGCCUUACCUGACGGGUUUGUGGUCAAAUUUGUUCAAGCGAACUUCAAGGAUCAUUCAUAAAAGUCUCAUACCGGGAGGCUGAAAGAUAACAGCCCCGUGAUUUCGAUUGCACGAGAACUUUCCCUCCCAAGUAGCACUCGAACAAACAUCAAAUUGUUUAGCGUUUGAUUUGCGACAUGGCGGACACAACUUCGACGACAGUUACCGCUCCGAAACCAGCCCACAAGCGAAUUCUCCACAACUUGAGGAAUAUUUCGCGCGACGAAAUUAAAGAGUUGCUUCUUUAUUUUGCUGUCACGCUCUCUCUCUUUCUGGUCGGCCAUUUUCACUUCAGCUUCGCAUGGAUUAUCAUGAUUCUUAUGGUGUUCGUUAGCUGGGAAUAUCAGAUGGACGAGAAGAACAAGCGAAGGGAUCGCAUGGAAAAAGCCCUGAAGUCUUCCUUUAUCGAUAAGAUAGAGAAUCUUCCCUCCUGGGUCUACUUUCCAGAAAAAGAGCAAGCAGAAUGGGUUAAUAGCAUCAUUGAUCAAAUGUGGCCCUACGUAGACGGCAUGGUGUACAAAAUUCUUAAAGAAACUGUCGAACCUGAGAUGCAGAAGAACAUGCCCAAAGCCCUGAACACGCUGUACUUUGAAACAAUCGACCUCGGGAACAAGCCACCUUACGUAGCGAAUGUGAAGUCGUAUCCUAGCAAGGAAGAGAGGAAAUCGGAGUUUAUUUUCGAUAUGGAUAUAGUGUACAAUGGCGAUGCUACAAUCAAGCUUGCAGUCAAGAAAGUGAAACUGGGCCUGUCUAACAUUGAACUGCGUGGAGUGCUCAGAGUCAUUUUCAAGCCGUUGGUUGCCGAAUACAACCCUGUUGGAGGCGUUACAGUGUUUUUCUUGAACAGACCCAAACUAAAAUUCGAUCUAACCAAUUUAUUGAAUGUUCUGGAUCUUCCUGGGCUCAAGAGCUCUUUGCGCCGAAUCACAGAUGACGUCAUCGCCUCCUUCGUGGUGCUUCCUAAUCGUGUCGCCGUUCCCCUCGCUACGGGUGUCGACGCCAGCGAUCUUCAGUAUCCAAUCCCUGAAGGAGUCCUUCGUGUGAAAGUCGUGGAGGCGAAGGACCUGAUAGCGAAAGAUAUCGGCUUCGUGAAGAAGGGAAAGUCUGAUCCUUACGCCAUAAUUCGCAUCGGUGCUCAAAGCUUCCGCACCAAGAUGAUCUCAAACGAUCUAAAUCCCGAAUGGAACGAAACCUUUGAGGCGUUUGUGGAUAACAGUGAGGGGCAAGAGCUUGAAGCUGUGAUCUACGAUGAAGAUACAUCUUCAAAGGACAGCAAGAUUGGUCGACUCGACACCGAGAUUGUUUCCACAGUGGAGACUGGCCAUCAGGACCUCUGGCUACCGCUUGAGGGUGUCAAACAAGGGAGGGUCCACUUACAGCUAAACUGGUUCCCGCUCAGUGCCAAUGCGUCAGACCUAGAACCCCCUCAAGGGGAGGGCCUCUCAGUAGCAGCGCUCAUCGUGAAACCCAUCUCUGCCGACGCCUUACCUCUCACUAGUGGUCAGAAGGAAGCCCUGAGGAGUGUUUACUGCGAGAUCACAGUCGGCAAAACCACUCUGCAAACCUUCCAGUGCUAUGGAGAGAAAACCGAAUGGAAACAAGCAUUGCGAUUCCUCGUUGGCGACCCUGGGGGCCAAGAAGCUGAGGUUAAAGUGAUCGAGGCCAAGGGCACCAAAACAUUGGGUAAAAUGUCGUUCGAUAUCCGCAAGCUGCUGAGCAAAGAUGGUUUGACCGUGGAAGAAACCUUUCCCUUGAAGGAAUCUGGCGAGAAGAGUACCUUAACCUGCCGCUUCACCUUGAGGGUCCUGAACACACCGGAUGUUAAUCCAAGCGAGCCUGAAACGAGGUCUAAAGCUGAAGUUGAUGCUGGACUCACGAAACCAGAGAUUCCCUUGGCUCACUCAACUCCAAUACCAAAACUUGUUAUCAAUGGGGUUAAUCCUGAAGAACAAGCGGAAGCAGGUGAAGAACACGACAAAGAUUCUGACGCCGGAAGUGUCUAUGACGGAAGUAUUUAUGGCACCGAGAGUCAACGAACGGAUUCCAAUGACGACUUGACCAAUAAGGGUCAACUGGAUUUGCACUUAAAAUACAGUCAUUUGAAGAACUGCCUCUCCGUCACCGUCAAAAGUGUUCGAGAGCUCGUGUCUCGUGACUCGCCCGGCAAGACCAAUCCAUUGGUGCGCCUGUACUUGUUACCAGAUCGCUCCAAACGCUCCCGGCGCGUCACAAGAGUGAUGAAAGGGACCUUGAACUGCGUGUUUAACGAAACCUUUGAGUACAUGAUUGGCCUAGAUCAACUGGGCACGAUGAAGAUCGAUGUCGCAGUGAAAAGUGACCGUGGAUUUGCGAUUGGACGGGUGCGGCAUCGACUGAUUGGACUCGCUGUGGUGGAUUUGUCUGGAAAGCAUCUCACUGAAGGGUGUGACGUCAGUUGUGAGCUUAGAAAGUUUAGCUUAACAUUUUGAAUGGUUCUGGAGAAAAUGGAUCAAUGUCAGUGUCUGAGCAACGGCAUACCUACCGCUCUCCAAGCGAACAUUAACCCUUAUUAUCAGUUGAGUGUUGUUGUGUUAGGGGAAAGGUAGGUAAGCAGUUUCGCAGAUACUUAGUUUGCUCCGAGAAAAAUAGCUUUGUAGAAUUGCUUCAAGCUGCGUUGUGUUGCUUUCAAGAAGAAGAUAGGAGUAUGAAAAGGCAACGCACGCUAUGGUAAAAUGAAUUGUGUAGGUAGUUUGGCAGCGAGAAUAACCUACACCCAAAACGUAGUGCACUAGCAAUACAAGUUUUAGAAACUAAAAGCUUUCGUUAGCAAGAUAUCUUUUAUGUGGAAAAAUCGAUGUAUUUAUUUCAAGGAAAGUGUGAUAGGAAAGUGUAUCUUCUAAGUAGUUUUAGUCAUACAUUAGUGUUGUUAAGUUAACUAUAAAAGUUUUUUAACUUGAAGAGAUAAAACGUACUCGAAUCUAAUUUUUAGAGCGCUUUUAAUAUAUGUAAAACAGAGAAAUAAACCGGUGCAUGUGUGA